UACUCAGAGUAGGAGGAAGCCGGUCAGAGAGGGCAGACCCUGGGAACCUUCGCAGGAGUUGGCCCAGACCUCUGAGGGAGGCUGUCCUCCGGCAGGAGAGCAGACCUGAGGGAGGUUGGUGUGCCGGUCCUUGUUGUCCAGCCCUCCCGUCCCAUCCCAGGGCUGGCUCACCAGAAAAAAAGUACAGGCAUCCCAGGCCCUUAGCUGGGGCGGGUGCAGAGGGUCUCCUCUUGUCCGGGGAAGACUGAAAAAACAAAAACAAAAAACGAGUGUGUAGCCCUCACUGGAAGUCUUCUGGUGCUCUGGGGCCGUUUGCACUUGGGAGCCUGGCUUCUGGGCAUGGUGGCCGGGCUCCGCCGGGGGCUUCAGCCUGACUCGGCAAAGCGUUUCUAGAACAGAGUGGGUGGGAGCCGACUGAAGUCCCAGAACCGCGAACACUGACGCACAGGAAAGCCUCGAGUGGGUGGAGAAAUGCAAAUCCCCCAGUGGCAUGGCCUCAGCCGCUGCGGACCCUGACGGCCGAUUCUGACUUCGGACUUGAGCGGGACCAGCACCCGGACCCAGGGCGAGCCAGCAUGUCUCAGUGGAAUCAAGUCCAACAGUUAGAAAUCAAGUUUUUGGAGCAAGUUGAUCAGUUCUAUGAUGACAACUUUCCCAUGGAAAUCCGACAUCUGCUGGCCCAGUGGAUUGAGCAUCAAGACUGGGAGGUGGCCUCUAACAAUGAAACUAUGGCAACAAUUCUUCUUCAAAACUUAUUAAUACAAUUGGAUGAACAGUUAGGUCGUGUUUCCAAAGAGAAAAACCUGCUAUUGAUCCACAAUCUAAAGAGAAUUAGAAAAGUACUUCAGGGGAAGUUUCAUGGAAAUCCAAUGCAUGUAGCCGUGGUAAUCUCAAAUUGUUUAAGGGAAGAGAGGAGAAUACUGGCUGCAGCGAACAUGCCUAUCCAGGGACCUCUGGAGAAAUCCUUACAAAGUUCGUCGGUUUCAGAAAGACAGAGAAAUGUGGAACACAAAGUGGCUGCCAUUAAAAACAGUGUGCAGAUGACAGAACAAGACACCAAAUACUUGGAAGAUCUGCAAGAUGAAUUUGACUACAGGUAUAAAACAAUUCAGACAAUGGACCAGGGUGACAAGAAUAGCAUCCUAAUGAACCAGGAGGUUUUGACACUCCAAGAAAUGCUUAAUAGCCUGGACUUCAAGAGAAAGGAAGCACUCACUAAGAUGACACAGAUAGUGAACGAGUCGGACCUGCUGAUGAGCAGCAUGCUCAUAGAAGAGCUGCAGGACUGGAAGAGGAGGCAGCAGAUCGCCUGCAUCGGUGGCCCACUCCACAACGGGCUGGACCAGCUUCAGAACUGCUUUACCCUGUUGGCAGAAAGUCUUUUCCAACUCAGACGACAGCUGGAGAAAUUAGAGGAGCAGUCUUCCAAGAUGACUUACGAAGGAGACCCCAUCCCCACGCAGAGAGCACACCUGCUGGAGAGAGCCACCUUCCUGAUCUACAACCUGUUCAAGAACUCAUUUGUGGUUGAGCGACAGCCCUGCAUGCCAACACACCCUCAGAGGCCGCUGGUACUCAAAACCCUCAUUCAGUUCACCGCGAAACUGAGACUACUAAUAAAAUUGCCGGAACUCAACUAUCAGGUGAAAGUAAAGGCAUCGAUCGACAAGAAUGUUUCAACGCUAAGCAAUAGAAGAUUUGUGCUUUGUGGAACUCAAGUCAAAGCCAUGUCCAUCGAGGAAUCCUCCAACGGGAGCCUCUCAGUAGAAUUUAGACAUUUGCAACCAAAGGAAAUGAAAUCCAGUGCCGGAAGUAAAGGAAAUGAGGGCUGCCACAUGGUGACGGAGGAGCUGCAUUCCAUAGCCUUUGAGACCCAGAUCUGCCUCUAUGGCCUCACCAUCGACUUGGAGACAAGCUCAUUACCUGUGGUGAUGAUUUCUAAUGUCAGCCAACUGCCUAAUGCUUGGGCAUCCAUCAUUUGGUACAAUGUGUCAACCAACGAUUGCCAGAACUUGGUUUUCUUUAAUAAUCCUCCGCCUGUCACUUUGAGUCAACUCCUGGAAGUGAUGAGCUGGCAGUUUUCAUCCUAUGUUGGUCGUGGCCUUAAUUCAGACCAGCUCAACAUGCUGGCAGAGAAGCUCACAGUUCAGUCUAACUACAGCGAUGGUCACCUCACCUGGGCCAAGUUCUGCAAGGAACACUUGCCUGGCAAACCAUUUACCUUCUGGACCUGGCUUGAAGCAAUAUUGGACCUAAUUAAAAAACACAUUCUUCCCCUCUGGAUUGAUGGGUACAUCAUGGGCUUCGUGAGCAAAGAGAAGGAGAGGUUUCUGCUCAAGGAUAAAAUGCCCGGGACAUUUUUGUUACGAUUCAGUGAGAGCCAUCUCGGAGGGAUCACCUUCACCUGGGUGGACCACUCUGAAAACGGAGAAGUGAGAUUCCACUCCGUAGAACCCUACAACAAAGGGCGUCUGUCGGCCCUGCCAUUUGCUGACAUCCUGCGGGACUACAAGGUCAUCAUGGCUGAGAACAUUCCCGAGAACCCUCUCAAGUACCUCUACCCCGACAUCCCCAAAGACAAAGCCUUCGGUAAACACUACAGCUCCCAGCCUUGCGAAGUUUCAAGGCCAACAGAACGGGGAGACAAAGGUUAUGUUCCUUCAGUUUUUAUCCCUAUUUCAACAAUCCGCAGCGAUGCCAUGGAGCCGCAGUCUCCUUCAGACCUUCUCCCCAUGUCUCCGAGUGUAUACGCUGUGCUGAGAGAAAACCUGAGCCCUACCACAAUUGAAACAGCAAUGAAGUCUCCAUAUUCUGAGUGACGGUACAAAGCGACUCUUCAAGGAAGAGAGCAGAUGAAAACGGAGACUGCUCUUUGCCAAAGUCCACAAUUCAUUUCUUCAGCUUUGUAAAUACUGGUUUCUAGAAAAUGGCACAAAUCCGAAGCUUUCCUCUCACUAGGUGACAUUCCCCAACUGGGAGUGCUGUGACUGAAAUGCUAAAAACCAAAGCUUCAGAUAAACACGCAGGAAAAGACAGCUUCGAGAAACCUAUGUUCGUGACAAUAUAACAGAAGGCUGCUUUGCAUGCA